AACGUAUUGCUGGUGAGUCCAGUAGUUGUUGUGCAGCACUCGUCGCGUGAAUAUCCGGAUAUUAUUCUCAAUCUUGCUCUCAAUGGAAAAUAAAUAGUUUUCCUUAUUUCAAAGACGAAAAAAAUUGUGAAAAGUAAUAGAGACUGUCUUUUAGUGAUAUGUGAAAAGUUUUAUUGAAUUGAAAGUGAAAUUAAGGAGUUGGAAUUUAAGUUAAGGAGCCAUGAAUACAAUAAGUUCAAAGGUGAUUCUCAUAUUUGGUUUCAUCUUAUGGAACGCACGAGCUCAACAAGUGCUAACAUCGCCGUGUUCGGAUGUCUUUGAGUAUGAGAGCAUUUCAUCAAAUAACGACGAGUGGCAUGGGGUUUUACACUUGAGAAGUAAUGUUAUGCUCCAUGGAAUCUUCAUUGAUGUAAUCUUGGAUGCAAGGGCGCGCAAUUUAGGCGCCAGCUACAGAUAUAGCGUAACAACGGUUGAUAAUAUGGAAUAUCGCCUGGACGAUAGGACCUUCAAAUUGCGCCCGAAUGAACAGACAGAUGUGAGAUUUUUUAUAAAGUACAAUUCCUACCAAAUCCCAAGGAUUACAGAAGUCAGACUGAAUGGGCAGAAGAUAUGUCCCAGCCGUACUGUAGCAACGAGCACCCAAAAAUCUGCUGCUGAUAUAGCAAGAGAUACAGCACUUUACUACGAAGUAGUUGGUUCAUCCAAUCGCAAUGUAGCACCACAGCGCAAUCACGACAGCUCAAGCAAUCGAGAUCAACCCGUAACGAGCAGAAGUCACUUUGCAUCGAAUGACGAUUCCUUUUCAACAGAUCAAUUUGAUAGCAGCAAUUACAACCGCAAUCAGCAGGGUGCUACAAGAUCCACUAAUUCCCACACAUCAACCAGCACUCUGUAUUACACACCGACAUCGCUUUCGCCGUAUGAUCAGCACUCGUCGUCGCGUAAUUUGAAUACCGGACGCGAUAGUCAGACCACCAGAUCUGUAAACACUCAAACUGCAGCAUCCGAUGGCGUUAACUACGAACCAAGUCGCACAGCUACGGGGCGAGGAUCAAACAGUCGAAAUACCAACAAUGUCGACGGUACAACUCGUAGGGCGGUGUUCAAUUCAAGUCCUUCAGACAGUGAUCACAUCUUCUCCCAAAAUGCUGGCAGGACGACAACAGAACGCUAUGCAACGACACGCAAUUGGGAUUCAAUUAAUAGGGACAUCAUACGAGCAUCCAAUGCUAGGACAACAACCAGGAGCCCCUAUUUCCAGGGAGACUUGUCGAAAUUCAACCCAAUUGAGAGGGAAACGACCCCUACCCUAUCCUUUGACACGUGCGGCGAAGUGGCGCAAAAAUCAAACCCAUUAAUUGUUUCAGGGGAGGAGUCAUACCGUGGUCAAUUCCCCUGGCAUGCAGCUCUAUAUAUAUCAUCGGGACCACAAUUGAAAUAUACCUGUGGCGGAAGUCUCAUUAACAAGAAAACCAUCAUCACAGCAGCUCAUUGUGUGGCACUGAAAGAUUCCACGCGAGCAAUGCAACCUGCUCAAUUGCUUAUAUACCUGGGGAAAUAUAACCUCCUCCAGUGGCAUGGUCCUGAGCAAGAUGUCAAGGUUUCGGAAAUAAUCAUCCACCACGAUUAUGACAAUGAGAAAUUCUUCUCAGAUUUGGCAAUUGUUAAGCUGAAGACUGAAGCGAGGUACUCUGAGUACGUCCGGCCGGUGUGCCUGUGGGGCUUUAGUAAAGAAUUGCGCGGAAUUGUUAAUAAAAUCGGCAAAGUCCCGGGUUUUGGGUACAAUGAAUACGGCAUCGUCGAUGACAAAUUGUCGUAUGUUAAUAUGCCUGUCGUCACACAUGAGACGUGCAUUUGGUCCAACAGGGAUUUCUUUAGUCGCAUCACAUCCAAUGUUACCUACUGCGCUGGAUUUAAGAAUGGUUCUUCCGUGUGCAAUGGUGACAGUGGAGGAGGAAUGGUAUUCAAGGAGAGUAAUAAAUGGUACCUUAGGGGUAUUGUUUCCGUUAGCAUUGCCCUUCAGAACCACUUCCUCUGCGAUCCCGAUCACUAUGCUGUAUUUACGGAUGUUGCACAGUUUAUUGAUUGGAUUAGAAGUCACAUGUAGUCUGCUAUAUACAUAAUGUAUGUACAUAUGUAUGUAUAUUUUAUUUGUAAGAUGGGUCUUGCAAAAAUUAACUAUUGUAGUGAAAUAAAUAAUAUUUGCUAUAAACUUUUUUAUUAAAAUA